CGCAGCACCUAUUCUUAUAACAUAAGGAAGGGCAAUCAGUUGACGAGAACCUCUUGAACUAUCGGUACCCAGACUCGGACGCGCACCAUACCAAAACUCACGUGGAACCUCCCGCGCAAAGUCGCGCGCGAAGUCAUUUUUGAAAGAUUUGAAUGUUGAAAACAUUCGAAAAAAUGAAUAUUGUUAGGCAAACAAAGUGUUCUGUGAUCUAAGGCUAGUUUUUUUUUUGUUUGAAAUCAAAUCAUUGAGGCAGCCAAAAUGUUUACACGGUUUGAUGCGAAUAAAUCGACCAAAGGGGCCAGCAAACUUCGACGGGACCUGAUCAAUGCAGAAAUAGCUAAUCUUCGAGAAUUGUUACCUUUGCCACCUUCUACGAGGCAGCGACUUUCUCAACUCCAACUAAUGGCUUUAGUCUGCGUUUACGUUAGGAAAGCUAAUUAUUUCCAACAAGCAUUCAAAUGCCAUGAUGUUGGAUUGCAUCAGACGCCAACGCCCAAUAUAGGAUUCUCUAAGGCUUUGAGUGGUUUUUUAAUGAUGAUGACACAAAACGGCAAACUAUUGUACAUAUCCGAUAAUGCUGCAGAGUACCUGGGUCAUUCCAUGGUGAGUGUAAUUAUGAAGGAGGAUUUACUUAUACAUGGAGAUAGUGUUUACGAUAUCAUAGACAAACAAGAUCAUCAAGCCAUACAAUGUGAACUAGGAAGGCCAGUAGUUAAUACAGGAACUAACAAUAACCCUCAAGAGGAAAAUAGGUUAUUUUUAUGUAGAAUGAAUGUUUCAAGAAAUGCUAGACGUCAAAUGAGAUUUGGAGACCAAAAAGUUGUAUUAGUUCAAGGCCGCUACCUAUCAUUUUUGCCGUUAUGCAGUAGAAACGAACCAGUAUUUUUAGCAACGUGUACCCCAGUUGCCAUGCCAGAAACUAGAGAAUGUGUAGUUCAAGGAGCGACCAACGUAUUUACAUCUAUACAUUCAAUGGAUAUGAGGUUUAUACACAUAGACAAUAAUGGGGAAUUUUACCUUGGAUUUCCCCGAUCUGAACUACAAGGAGUAUCAUGGUACCGUCUUCUUCAUUGGGAUUCCACCCGGGAAGCUCAAACAAAACAUAGAUUAAUAACACAAUCAGAGCAAGAACGGUCUUGUAUAUUAUUGGCUCAAAUUCAACGCCGUUCUGGUGAUUGGCUUUGGAUGCAUUGCGUACUUCAAGUAAAAGAAAGUUCCGAGAGUAAUCAGCAACCAGUAAUCGUUUGUACCAACCAGGUGCUCUCAGAAGCUGAAGCUGCGGUCAUGCGCAACAAUGGGUGGUUGUAUCAUUACUAUUCUGUACAAAAUAAGCUUCAUUAUGGAUUAGCUUAUGAUGGAUCCCAUCCUGCUUCCAGACUUCUAUAUUAUCCAGAACAUAGUGGUCAUAGUGCGUCUGAAUAUACAACUAGCCAUCAUGAUGUGACAUCUUAUCAUCCGCAUCUAGCUGCCAUGCCGGUCUCUUUGCAUACGCAAUUGACAACGCAUCAUGUUGGAGCUGCCACGCAUGCCCAUCAUAACCAACAUCACCACCAUCACCACCACCACCAUCAUCAUCACCGCAGAGCAGAAUCUGAACCAGUAGAUUAUAGUUACGGCAAAAGAAAACCUAAGAACUUAAAUACUUUGGAACUAGAUGUGGGAAUAGCUACGGAAACUGAUGCUGGCGGAGGAGGUGAUGGUUUAUUAGUUAUUUCCCAUAUACCAGACCGACCGAGAACGCUCUUGAAAGUCGAUCCUCACGAUCUUAUAGAACAGUGGAAUCCUAGCCCACCUUGGUCCGACACCUUACAGAAAGUGCCUGAUUUAUGCCAUCAAGAACUGAGUCCCUACGUUGGCAGUACUCCGCCUACUCCUACAGCAACACCCAGUGUGCAUGCUGGAGGUGCAUUUUCUUUCGACUGGACACCGGAGCAGUACGUACCUUCGAUAAGUGGUACUCCUGUGACAACAGGAUCAAUGGAGGAACUAGAACGUUCGCCUUUCUGGCAUGGAUCAGAAAGGCAACUCUUUCCCCUGCAACCACCGCCCAAAAGAACCCAUCCUUCAAUGGGGCGAUCCGAAUCGGCUGACCGAGAUACACCUUAG